UUAGUUGCGAUUACACAUUUUAAAACCGUCCAUACUCUUUCUUAGUCCUGUAAAAAAAAAGAAUUAAAAAUGGGGAAAAGUAAAUUCUACGUGUUCAAUUUCUGGGGCUUCUCAGCGGUAGCGAUAGUAAUUACCUCUUAUUAUUACAUCGCUAAUUUAACCCUCUACGGAAUCCCGAAGUUCGCCGAGCCCUACGCUUCGUUUCUCGGUUUCGACACUGAGCUUACUUCAGAUAAUGACGUCACGAGUGUGAAAUACGAGCCGAAGGGACCGAUUGUGUUGCACGAGAACGACUAUCUGUUGCUGAACACGGAGAGGUGCAAGUUUGUGCGCCACAAGAGGGCUAAAAAGGUGGUGCUGUUUGUGAUUGUGACUAUGAGCAGGAACUACUACACCAGACAGCAGCUGAGACUCUCAUGGGCACUCCCGGACAUAGAGGACGACGUCAGAUUUGAGUCUGUAUAUGUGAUGGGCGUUGGUCGGUCAGCUCUGCGGGAUGACAAUAUGAGAGUGUGGCACAAUGAGUUCGGGGAGUUGAGUCGUGAGAUGGUGGACUACAGGGACAUGCUACUCGUAGACUACAUUGAGGACUACACAAACAUCAGCGUUAAAUUGGUGGCUGGUUUGCACUAUGCGAAGCACCACUGCCAUGAUGUCGAUUACAUAAUGGUAGUGCACGAUGACGUCAUGAUCAGGCGGGACUGGCUUAUACCCUACUUGUGGGAACUACCUUCUCACAACUUCAUUGGAGGGGACUGCGCAGAUAGUAGGAAACCAGACCGCAACCCAAACUCGAAGUUUUAUGUGGGCAAACAAGAGUUCGAACACGAGGUGUACCCGUCAUUCUGCUAUGGGUCAGCUGUCAUUAUGACCCCGGAUAUCAGGGACAAACUUCUAGCUCAGACUGCGAUUACGCCCUACUUCAAGCGGGACGACGUCUACUUGGGCAUGUUGAUGCGGGACGCCAACAUCUCGCCGGUGACGAUGCCGAAUGUAAGACACGAGGUGAAAGACAUGCGAUACUGUGCAGUGAAGAAUCUUCUGAUGCUGCAGCCGGUGCCAAUGGCUAGACAGAAGAUGCUAAGAGAGGAGCACGAGAGAUUCGAAGACGAGGGGAGGAAGUGUACUCCCGAAAAAGGGUCUCAGGGUGGGGAGCUGUAAAAAAAGUACAAACAACCAAAAAUGGUUGCAUAAUUCAGUUGGCCCGUAUAACUUGGGAAAAUCCAGAAAAGAAAACAAGAUAGGAAAACAAAAUUUAUAAUUGAAUAAUAAUGCGAGCAGGAAAAAAUUAAGACAGGCUCAUUACAUUCAUAAUUUUAUUUGUGCAUAUUUACUCAUAAUUGCUUAAAA